AGAAAAAAGUGCACACUGACGGAAGCAGAAAUAAAGGGAAGCUACUCAUUCUUAUUUUUAACAUUGCACUAUUUUAACAAAAACAGCGAAACGUCCAAGUUAACAGCGUAUUGCAUUAUAACACUGCGCACGCAGAUUCUUAGAACUUGAUUUGCUUCAGAUGAAAAGAGGAAGGAUCACCAUCUGGACAAACCUCCCACCAAACGAUGAGUUGUCUACACUUUAAUAUAAGUGGAUUAAUGGAUUAUCUCGCCACGAGAGGAGUAAAAAGCGUUAACGGUGAAUAACAAACAGCGAUGCUGGCGAUCACUGCAACUUUAUCUGAACCUCCACAAAACCAGCAGGGAUCAGAAAUGGACCGACUGCUUCUGUUUUACUACAGUAAAGAGAAGUUUUGUAAAUCUGCAUUGAUUAUUUUGACUUUCUAAUGCCAUUUGUUCUAACGGGAACGUGAACAUCGUGAAUAUAAGUGAGACUGAAUAUAUAACGUACCGCUUUAAGGAAAAUAACGAACCAACGCUGCGCAGCAAGACAAUUUCUAUGUGCUUUUAUUAAGUUUUGCUUUAGGAAACCUGAUAUAUUAUGAUAUGUGAACAAUGCUGUACACGCACAGCUGUAGACACCUGGGAAAACUCUAGAAACGAAAAAUAUUUGCCGCCUUACAUGUUAGUACAAGUUUGCCCAACUUAUUUUUUUUGCCAAGAAGGAGGGGCUUUCCAGAAGAAAAGCUCCACAUCUGUUUCCUGGAUCAUGGCUAUAGAGUGCAUACAGAGGUCUUUGGCUUUGCUCUGUCUCUUUGCUUUCUUUGGAUCGUCUGCUUUUGAUAGAUACUUGCCUUUGAAUCAAGACACUGAACACCAAACAGGCAAUAUCACUUUGUCAGCACAUCUUCACCCCAAGCUGUACUUUGAUCAGACUGAGGUGUAUUUGAUGAAAAAGAGGGCCGCCAGCACACACAGACAUAUAUUCAAAGUUAUCCAGAAUGCUGUUUCCACCAUGUUGUCCAACGCUGCGGUUUACCAGCCGCCGGUGAGCCAUGAGGAUUUUGGCAAGAAAUGGAAUGAGAUUUAUGGGAACAAUUUACCCCCCCUCGCUCUAUACUGUCUACUUCAACCCGAUGAUGCUGCCGCCUCCCAGUAUUUAAUCGAGUACAUGGAUCGAAUGGUAGAGUAUCCAGACUGGCUGGUAUCUAGUGCCCCGAACGAUGAAGUACCGAUGGCCCACUCGCUCACUGGGUUUGCCACCGCAUACGAUUUCAUUUACCCAUUUUUGGACACACAGAGACGAUAUCGCUACCUCAUGAAAAUACGAUCGGUUACGGAGGAGCUUUACGAGCUCUCCAAGCACAGAGGAUGGGGGAGGCAGUUUUUACAAAACCACCAGACAACUAAUAUACUAGCGCUUCUUAUUGGCGCUCUCGUUGUUGGGGAACACAAUGACCCCGUGACCAUGAUAUGGAAGCAAGUAGCGGUGAACUACAUGGAAAAGACAAUGUUUCUCCUUAGCCACAUUGUCGACGGAUCUCUCGAUGAGGGUGUUGCGUACGGUAGCUACACAGCGAAGUCCAUCACCCAGUAUGUUCACUUAGCCUUGCGCCAUUUUCAAAUAGACAACAUGCAAAACAACUGGUUAAGGACACAUUUUAUGUUUUAUUAUGCCACUCUGCUUCCCGGAUUUCAAAGGACUGUUGGCAUCGCAGACUCCAACUACAACUGGUUCUACGGGCCGGAGAGUCAGCUUGUGUUUUUGGAUACGUACGUGCUCCGAAAUGGCUCGGGAAACUGGCUGGCGCAGCAGAUCAGAAAGCAUCGGCCUAAGGAUGGACCCAUGAUGCAAUCGUCAGCCCAGCGUUGGGCGACUUUACACACGGAGUACAUAUGGUAUGACCCUGAGUUAACUCCCAAGCCACCGGCUGACUUUGACAAGGCAAGCAUGCAUAUAUUUUCCAACUGGGGUGUGGUGACAUAUGGAGCAGGGUUGCCUCAAGCACAGGGUAACACGUUUGUAUCCUUUAAAUCUGGAAAAUUAGGAGGCAGGGCGGUGUAUGAUAUUGUCCACGCCCAACCUUAUUCGUGGGUGGAUGGUUGGACAAACUUCAACCCAGGGCACGAGCACCCUGAUCAGAACUCUUUUACCUUUGCUCCAAAUGGACAGGUUUUUGUUUCUGAGGCCUUGUAUGGUCCUAAACACAGUCAUCUUAACAAUGUACUGGUAUUUGCUCCCUCCCCCAGUAGUCAAUGUAAUCAACCAUGGGAGGGGCAAUUGGGGGAAUGUUCAAAGUGGCUACGAUGGGGAGAAAAAGAAGUCGGAGAUACGGCGGGGGAGGUCAUUGCAGCCUCAACACAUCAGGACAUGUUAUUUGUAAGUGGAGAAUCUGUGUCAGCCUAUUCAUCCGCCAUGAAGCUAAAGAGCGUGUACCGGGCGUUGGUGCUUCUCAACUCACAAACGUUACUAGUGUUAGACCACGUGGAGAAACAAGAGCACUCCCCUCUUAAUUACAUGAGUGCAUUUUUCCACAACCUUGACAUCGAUUUCAGGUACGUGCCUCAGAGAUCUUUUGAAAAGUACAACGGUGCUUUAAUUGACGUGUGGGAUGCCCAUUACAAAAUGUUUUGGCUUGACACGCAAGGAUCCAGCCCUGUUGCCAGGAUACAGGAGGCACAGCAGGCUGCAGAGUUCAAGAAAAGAUGGACGCAGUACGUAAACGUGACCUUUCCGAUGGAGGGCCCUGUCACCAGAGUGGCUUAUCUGAUGCAUGGCCCAUUCGUAAAGGUCUCAGACUGUAAAUUUACAGACGUCAGCAAAAAUGGAGUAAGGCUAUCUGUGAUUAUUAACGACACGGAGACUGUCGUCUCAGUUGUAACAAACUACAAAGAUAUUGAGGCUAGACGGAGCUACUUGGGCUUCGCUGGCUUUGCUAAAACAGAGGACAAGCAUCAAAUAGUUCAAUUUGGCCAGGGAUUUCAAACCUUGCAAAGUCAGGUUGCACAUAUUCACAGUCAAACAUUCGACUUUGGAUUUCUGGUAAACAUCUCGGCUGUACUUACUCUGUGUUUUUUCUUAGCAUACGUGAUGAGAAAAAGAAAGUUCCAGGUGUCUUUUAAUACGCUCAUUCAUUGCACUCUCAUUUGUGUGCUGGUUUUGUGGUUGACUGAACUUCUUUCAGCGUUUUAUGGCUGUGGACAGCUCCUGUGCAAUGAUAAAUUGAGAGACCAUAACAUGUAUGAUAAAACAGACGUCUCUGAAGACAUCCCCGAUCUCCUACCCGUGCUCACCAUCACAUCCAUGCCGGCAUCAGGCAUGGAGAUCCUCCAACACCUUUUUGAUAACAGCUCUGACUUUGCAUUUCUCAGAAUCCCUUCGGCUUACCUCCGAUUCCCUGCAUCUCCAUUGGUCUCUCUGGUGGACUCUUGUGAAUGGUCCAAAGCAGAUGCCCAGAAUGGACGAUUUAGAGUCAUUCAAGGAUGGUUUCACUCCAUAGUCCAUGAUUUGAGGCUUCAUCUGCAGAACAUUCAGUUAUAUAUGAGCAAUGAUGACACAAGUCACAAAAAAAUCAAGAGAAAGAGAAGGAUGCUGAUGUCGGACCAAACGAAAACUAGAGGAAGCAGGGUUGCCCACGUGGACAUAGGUUACAUACAGGAGCUGAGGCAGCACCUGGUGAAGUAUCCAAACGCCCGGCCAGUGCUGAGCAUGGGCAGCGGCGGGUGGUUCUUAAAGCUACCGUUUCUUCAAGAGGUCAUUGGGCGCUCGCUGCGCUCAAUUCAUGUGGUCAGAGACCCACGGGCAUGGAUUUACCUAAUGCUGUAUGGCAGUAAGCCGAGCUUGUACUCGAGCAAGAAUAUUAAAAGGCACAUAGUCAACUUGUUUAACCAGGAUAGUAUGGGAGCCGGAUGUACAACAGUGGACCCAGAGUUUCUUUCUUUAAAGAAGAUCCUCUCUCAGACAGACCCCAAUCCUGUACAGCUGCUUGCUCGGCUGUGGUUGGCACACAAUUCUGCAGGGCUCAGGGUGAGCAAAAGCCUCCCGUCACACACAUAUCUUAUAGUCAAAUUUGAGGAUAUUGUAAUUUUUCCGGAAGAAACGGCUGGAAGGAUUCAUGACUUUAUUGGAAUACCUUUGGCACCGGCAGCCUUAAACCAGCUGACAUUUGCCACAUCCACAAAUCUGUAUAAUCUAAUAUAUGAAGGAGAUAUAUCACCUGCCAAAAUCAACAUUUGGAAAGAGAAUAUGGAAUCGGAUGAGAUUAAACUCAUUGAGGACACAUGCUGGCCUGUUAUGGAAAGGCUGGGUUAUGAAAGGCAUAGUGUCAGUCACACUUUUUCAUAAAUUUCAUCAUGGAGCAAUAGGUUUUAUUUUUGGAAAAUGUAUAUAAAAAUGUCACUGAGGUACAUGCUAAUAUUGCUUUUUAAGUCUUUGCAAUUCAUCAUGUGAAUGCUUUGUUAUGUUUACAUGAUCCAUUAUGUAACCCUGCCUGUGAAAAUCCAGCUAUAAGUAUUUUUUCUGAUGUACUGUUUCUACAUAAAAUGAUUCUAUAUAAUGUAAAGAACAUUGUGUGAAAUAUAACCUUGAUAUCUUUAAUAUUGACAAGUGUAAGGUGAAAUUAAACUUUGAUGCACAUAAUCUCAAAAAUAGAUUAUGAGACAGACAGGGUCACGUAUAGUAAAAAGUAAGUCAUGAAUGUCUAGUAGGCCUAUGUGGAAAGGAAUAUGUGACUGGUCACAGCCCUCAGAAAAUCUAAUUGGGGAAAAAUAAGUACUCCUCAAAUGAUAGGCUGCUACAAAAGUUUUUGAUCUGUUAUGAACACUUGCUGUUUUCUGGUAUUAUAGUUUUGUGAUUGCAUAAAAAGUGGUUAAGUCACCUGUGAAAUCUUAUAUAUUUCCAUUACUGUGACCUAAGACAUGAGGUGCAAUAGUUAAUGUGAAAAAUGUUAUCCUCUGCGAUUGUACAAUCAAACCUUGGUGUUUGUCUUAACACAUAUUUUUGGUAUGGCUUUGUUUUUUUGUAUUUUUUAUAAACAAAUAUAUAUCCUUACACACACACAUUACUGAACCUGUGUUACUUUUACCAAACAGUAUUCUAAUGUAAUCAUAAAUGGACCAUUUCACAACCCAAAUAAGCACAGUCUCUAAAAUCACUAAACAUCAUAUUUCUCAUUUUAAUGCAGUUCGAGGAGGCUACUAAUGUGAAAUGUUUUAAAAGCCGCAAUGCAAAUGGAUUUUCCAUUGGCUGCAUGUGUAUGUGCAGUGUGAUUAUCACUGUGGGAUAACUGAAAUGGUGGAAAAUAAAGAGAAUUGAUGUGAUAUUUUCA